GUCAGGAAAAGCCGCCAAUACACCGCCAUCUUACGUAUACGCUGUCAACUUCAGAUGAAUUUGGUGCAGUAAUUUUGUGUUGAUUGUGACGAAGACAAGUUAUUGAAAUACAAACUAUAAAGUUUGUGAUUUUAUUUAACAUAAUGCCGCAAGUUUAACCUAUAAUGCUACAGUAAAAUUGUAACAAUGAACGAAGUAAAGCAAGUGAAAGUUGACAACUGGGGAGUGUAUUUCCUCCAGAGGUUAAAGCACUUCUUUAACCGUACCGACUACUGCGACCUGACGCUACAAUUCCAAGACAAUGCUCAGCUCAAAGUACAUAGACUUGUGCUCAGUGCGUGCACCGAGUACUUCGAACUUCUGGAGAGAACAUGCGAGAUGUACGAGGAUUGUUUGGUCAUGCCGGACGACCUGCAAGCCGACGUCGUUGUGCCAAUAGUCAACUUCAUGUACACUGGCCAACUCGAGUUUCGAAUGGAUUUAUUAGAAAGAUUGUAUCUGACAUCGCAAAUUAUGAAUUUACCUGUUUUGACAAAACUUCUCGAAUCCCAUCGGCAAACGACGCCAAAACCUACAAACUGUUACACGGCCAAGCGAAAGGCAAGUGACUCGGGUCAUCACUCUACACCAUCCACAAGCCACAAACGCUCAUAUAGUAAAGCGUUUGAAAGUAAUAAAGAAAAGAAAGUGUAUCAAUCUAAUAAAACAAAAGAAGAUAUAUAUGCUACGCCUUCGAUACUGGACAACAAAAAUUUGAAUAAAAAGUAUGUUCUUGGUGAGCCAAGACCUACAAGGUAUGAAUUACCCGAAGAACUGGAUACGGAUAAUGUAUUUGACAAUUCAUUUUGUAAUAUUUCAUACACAUCUAAACCCCUAAUGGUUCAUCCAGACACAGUUAAGCGAUACUCUUCAAGAAGAUCUGCAUUAUUUGGAGAGCCAUCAAGUUCAAAGAAAUAUACUGAAGGAACAACAACAAUGGAUAUUGUUGAAUGUAAGAAAAUUACUAAUGACAAUAUUUUUGAGGAUAAUAUUCCAGACCACAAGUCAAUUGAUGAAUCAGAAAUGUUUCCUUCCUUUAGCAGUCUCAAAAGUCCACCAAAAGAUACAAACCAGCUUUUUGAUCAAAUUUUAGAUCAAAAUGACACACCUAAAAUAACAAUUGAUACUAAAAAUAGUAAAAUAUCUGCUAAUAAUUUGGACCAUGCCAAGAUAAUAAGUGAAGUAUUGAAGAAGUAUUCACAUUUACUCAAAGGCAACAAAAAUAUUAAGUUAAAAAUUUUGAACUCCCCUAAUUCAAAACCUAAGAAACAAAAAUCUCAACCGAUAACAGUGGAAGAAAAGCCUAUCCAGUUAAUAACUGAAGAUCAAGAUUUAACUUUUGAGACAGAUGUUAUAGAUUCUCAACAGGCAGCUAAAUUGAUUGCUAUGGGAGCAGAAAACAUAAAAGGCCCGUGGAUAUGCCUAAUAUGCGGCACACCAGGCAGGGCUUUGCAUUUUACAACAUAUUAUAAAUUCCGGAGACAUUUGGUGGAAGUGCACAAUGAAAAACCUGUUGUAAAUAUUUGUGAAUAUUGUGGUCAUAAGGCCUUUAAGAGGAACUACUUACUACACCAUCUCUUUUCUAAACAUGGCAUUACACCACCACCACAAUAUAAUUUCCCUAAAUGUAACCAAUGCAAUUAUAUUGCUCUAACUGAAGGUUUCCUUGUGAAACAUAAAAUGACUCAUAGUGUAGAUUCUGGUUUCCGUUGUAAUGUUUGUGCUUCUUUGUUCUCCACUUCUCAUCAAUUGCUGCAACAUAUUCAAACCACUGGACACAAGUACAGUGCUGAUAGAAAAAAUAAUCUGCAGUGUAUUUACUGCAUGAAAGUAUUUUUGAGAGAAAAUAAUCUCUUUGCCCAUUUGAAAACACAUCACAAAAAAGAAGCCAAGUCAGAUGGAAUUAUUGAAGACUCUGAUGAAGAAAAACCAAGACUCCGGAACGAUGGAAAGAUAGAUGUGAAAUUAGAACCUGUUACUAGUAAUAAUGACAAUGUGUAUGAAGUUGAUGUUCAAUAUCAAAUUCAAGCAGAUGGUAACAUACAUGUUAUCACCAAUAAAAAGCCCAAAACUACUACCUCAAAAGCUAAGCAAACAAUUUUAAACCCUGAGUUUGGUACAUCAAAACAAUCUCGUAAAACAAAAGCUAUUCAGAAUCCCCAACCACAACAUGUGCAUAAUGAAUUUCUACAAGAAAUUAAUGUUUCCUCUGCAAGUAAUGAUGAAGAAAUAGUCACAAUAGAUAACAAUGAGUAUAUUCUGAAAGACAAUCAAUUCUUCCCAAGAAAAAUGAAGUCCCAAGCUAAUGAAGAGUACAUUAUAUCAGAUAUGAUUGACUCUGAUGCUGAACACAAUAUACACUCUGUUACUCCCACAACCUCAGUUGAUUUUAGGAGUACACAUAGUGGAAGUUUUGUGGACAACAUACAACAGUCUAGUGUUAUAAUAAAUAAAUCAACAAACAUAAAUCAGCCCAUAAGAUUUGUGGUAUCUAAUGAAGAAGAUUACAAAGCACUGAUGGCUGGCAAUCACCCAAUUAUAUUUGAUAAUGAUGAAACAAACAAAACAUUAACAGUAUUAACUGCUCCACACACUACAACUUUAGAUACUGCUACAAUUGAUUUGGAUAACACACAGUCUAAUGACAUGAUGAUAAUUCAAGAAGAUUUCCCAUUAAAUGUUUCAGAGGCAGUUCCUUCAGAUAAUUCAAAUAUUGUAGUAGUUUAUAGUCACCCAGUGGACAGUCAAAGCAAACAGUUUCAACUUAUUACUACACAAGGAUUAGAAGCACAAUUUGUGCAAACUUCAGCCAUGAUAACACAAAAUUAUGAAACUGUUACUACAUCUGCUCCUAUUGUGAAUGCUCAAGUAGUAAAUUCACAGGAAGUGUGGCCGAAUGAAGUACAUCAAACAUUAGAAAAUGAAGAUGUACAGACUACACAAAACCACCAAAUAGAAAUAAUACCGCAAACAGAAGAAACCGAGAUUAUAUCUCACACAAACACAAAUGAAGCAGAUAUAACAUCUGAAGCCAAUGUAUCUGAAACUAGUUUAAGUGAUCUACCAGAAGUUCAAUUAAUAACAGACUCAACAACUGAAGUUACUGAAUCUCAAACUAAUGAAACAAAUGACAUCAUGGAAAAUAAUGACCAGGACACUGUUACUACUCAAGUGUCUAUUACAGUUGAACCAACAAGUGAAUCUAUAGAACAAGAAAUUUCAGAAGAUGUAUCAAGUUUACAACCUCAAAUUGACACUACCGUUGAAUCUAGUGUAUCAUGUGAAGAGGUAGUAGAAAUGGCAACUGAUAAUAUAGAAGCAAUUCAAAAUAUUUGUGAGACUGUAAGUGUGAUAAAAGAGCCAAUUAGUAAUGAAAUAUCACAUUCUGACGUCAUAGAAAAAGAACCAGAUGUUAUGCUUGAGACAUCACAGUCAUCUGAAGUACAAGAAAAUCCACAAGAAGAGAUUGUACCAAGUGCAGAACAAAUAGCUAGCCCAACAUAUACACAAGAAGAAAGUCUGGAAAUCAACGCAGAACCCAGUGAACAGUCUGAAACUGUUGAUGCUGUUUGUAACAAUACUGAAGUAACAACACCUGUGGAGACCAAUGAAAAAAUCAAAGAUCUAACAUCUGAAUGGUCAGAAGACGAGUAUGACAUUCCUGAGCCAAAUGGAGAAAAUGAAAAUAUAUCUAAGGAGCUGCCACAAUCAACUUCUGGAAUAGCUGACAAUGAUAUAGAAGAAUCUAUUGAAAACAUUCAGCAAGAAGUUGAUAAACAGAUGUCUAUUGUAAGUAAAGAAAAUAUAGAAAGCCAGACUAAUGGAAAUUCUUCACAGAGUAGUGUUAUGAUAAUUGCCAAUGGGCCAAAAGAAUCAGUUGAAAAUUUGAAUCCUGACAUAUCUCAAGAAAAAAUAUCAUCACUCUUGAAUGAUUGGGAAGAUAAUGAUUCUCAAGGUUUAUCCAGUGAUAAAAUUGAAAACAUGCAAAUAGAUUCUAAUGUGGAUGAAAAAAUUGAAAAUGCUGAACAUAGUGAAACUGUAAACAAUGAAAAUCAAAAUACAAUUAAACCAGAAGACAAUAUCAAAAGUUUAGUAAGUGAUUGGGAUGAUGAUGAAGAGGAGAUUAAAAAUUAAAUCAUUUAAUAUCAUAUUCCAUAUUACAAAAUAAAUUAUGAGUUACAGAAGAUAUAACUGUUAUCUUAGAGGCAAUUAGUACUGAGCAAAUCAUUAACUUUAUUUUCAUAAUAUCAAUAUGUAAUUUUUAAGUACCUAGGUACUAACACCAAAAUAGAUUUACUAUGGAUUUAAGUUUAUACAUUAGUUGUAAUAAUGAUUUUACAUUUUUAAUAUAUUAUUAUGUAUACUGUAAAUUUUUGUUUGUGCCACCAUGUGGUGUUAUUUUUAUAGUACUUUUUGUUACUAUAAACAUCAUUUCUAUUUUGAUAUAUAUAUAAUUAUAUGGGCGCAAAUGUAAAUCAUAUAAAACACCAAAUAAGAAUUCUCAAAAAAUACUAAGUAAAUAUAUAAUAAUUAAUGAAAGUAAGAAAAGUGUACCUUAGACAGGUUGGACCAUAAUAUAAAUAAUGCCAAUUAUAUAAUUUAAACCCUCAAGUUGUAUCAUGAGUUUGUAUCUAUAAAAUCUACAAAUACAGAAUAUAAUGAGCAAUUAGUUAUUGUAGGUAUUUUUGUUUUCUUGCUUGAUAGAAACAUUAAAUCCUAAGAAACUAUCAUAUUCCAUUUGUUAUAUCUAGCUAAAUAGUGCAUUUGCAUAUUAUAAAUGUAAAUAAAUUGGGUAUAUAAA